AUGGCCGUCAUUGCAUCUCUUCCCCUUCUCCUUCUACUCUUCCCUAUUUUGGCCGUCAAAUGCAAGCACCUGCUGCCGCUGUGGAAACACGACCGCCAGAUCAAGCUCGAUUUCUUACCCAACGCACUUUCUGGUAUUGACAUCACUGUUGUCUUGAUGAUAUUCCUCUUGAGAUCUGUCAGGCACUCGAUUUCCUCUGCAUGCAUGCGCAUUUUCAACCUCGGGAAUAGGGUGUCUGAAGUUCCAAAGUCGUCAGGCGCAGACGAACUUUCGUUGGUGAUGCCAUUUCAAGUAACGCAAGCAGACCUCACCGCAUAUUGCGCGGCUAUCAAAAGCCCACCAGCCAGUGAGGGUGUUCAGCUAGUGGGCUCACAGUUGCUUCUGUUUCUGUCUGCUCUGACUGAGCCAGCCAUGCUGCUCUUGCUUGCCCACCCGUCAUGUCAAGUGCGACCGUUGGGUUCUGUCAAUGUAAGAAAUCGAUUCGAGCUGCUAAGGCCGGAUCUGUGCACAAAGCAGAGUUUGACAUCUCUCAACAAAGCCUUCUUGACUGCGACGCUCUCAAAAGAUGUUCGCACCGUCAAACGAGGGUUCGAGGUCGACCUUGUGGUUAGCUUGAACGUCCCAAGCAAGGAUUCGAACGACAUAAUCACGGUCUUUCGGCAAUAUUUUACGAUUCUGCAGUUCGCGAAAGUUCGACCAGACAUCGCUCAACACUCGGACAGUGCUCGCACCGCAGAAGCUAUCCCGGCCUGGUCGGAUUCGACAACAUUUGCCGUCGAACACAACGAUCCAGCACACUGGGCAAGGCUCUGCAAGGAUUACAACCCGAUACAUACCUCGAGGGUCGCUGCAAAGCUCUUUGGUUUCCCUGGAAAACUAGCUCAUGGCAAUCAUGUCGGUGCCUUAGCAGCCACAUACAUUACUUUUGGGGAUGGCCAUGCACCGCUAUUCAUGGAAAUCACCUUCAGGCGGCCGGUGGUUGUCCCUGCGCGAUUGGAUUUGAAGGUUUCCUCAGAAGCGGCGGAAACCUCUCGCCCACAACUUAUACGGUUCCAAAUUAGGAGCAAGAACAAAGUCAGCAUCGAAGGGAGUGUUGGCCAUUUCGAAUAG